GGCGCGUGGCCGAAGGACUGGAGGAGCGCCGCGAUGUCGGGGUACUCGACCCAUACCGUGCGGUACGGGAGCCGCUUGAGGUUCAGCGCGUACCUGCGGGACAUGCACUGUACUGUGUUGGGCGACCAGGCGGUGCUGGGCGUGCUGCUGGGGAUGUCGUAGAAGAGGAUGACGUCCGUGUCUGGGAGCGCGGCCAUCUGACUUAUUGGACGUCGGGGUGGGUUGUGAUCAGGGCUCCUCUGGGUCCUUGCGUGGAUGCGGCUCGCCUUGCGAAGGGCUACGCUCGCAGCGCUCACACUGCGUUCUUGUAUUGGAUCCGCCCCGCUCUCCGCGCCCUGUCGUGCCCAAUGAGAGCGCGUCCCGCGACCAGGGAGAAAGGGUGAGUAUGCGUUGUUUUCAGUGGCAGAAGGGCGACACACAGCGCUCCCUUCAUGGUGCGCUCGCCGCACGCUUUCUCGCGCGUUUUGCACGUCUCAGCUCACUCUGCGCUACGGACACUCGGACGCACAGCAGAGCUACAGCCCCCUCGUACCAACUCGGCCCACCCGUCCCUCGUCUCGCGCCAUCCACCGCCUCCCAGUCGACGCUCGCACUCGCAACGCGUAGCCGCUCCCUCCCGCUCCUUACCUCCGGCUCGCUCGCCAUCGGUUGCGUCUGCAGCACGAUCCGUCGCGUCUUCCGCGCUGACACGUCGACACGCGCCGAGAACGACUCUCCGCGCCCGCUGGCCUCACUCAUUCACCGCCCGCCUCGCUCGCCAGACUGUGAUCUGCGGCUGCGUCCUCGCCGUCGUAGGUGUGUACUCGCACCUCUCUCGUACUCGCCGGACGACGAUCCAUUGCGUCUUUGCCGGUCAAGACGCUUGUCGCAGCACCAUGCGCGAAAACGCUGUGGUCCCCUCGCACCUCCACGUCGGCUGCCUGUCCCGCUCGCCGGGCGAACGUCCAUCGCGCAAUCGCUGACCGGGACGUUUGCCAUUUCGGGCCCUUCUGCGCGUGGUGAUCAUCCGCGCGUUGAAUCUGUCGCCGAUCCCCGGGGUGCAAUGAUGGUCGCGUAGUGCCAGCAUUGGGCGCGCACGGGCAAUGAACCCAAGCAGGGUGAGGGACGAGCAAAGAGACCAGCAGAACAAGAGUGAAUGUCGAUCAAUGACCGCGCGCGCGAACGGAAGAGCCCCCGAGCAAGAGCAGUCGAUAUCCCGAGCGGGCGGCCAAUGAAACAGGCGGUUUGCAAGGGAGCAGACCGGCCUUGGACUGCAGCCGGUUGCGAGGACACGCGCAAACAUGGACCGUCGCAGAGCUCAAGCAGCUCGUCAAGAGACCAAAAGUCUUCGACAUCACCGCCGCCGAUACCAGUAUUGCAACCACGCGUGAUGCGGUCUGAAGGAGAAGCAGGCGGGCAUGUCGCUCCAGGCGAGGACGCGUCGAGCCGA